CCCGAACUCGCGACCGCUCAAGAUGGCGUCCAUGUGCUUUCGGGUGCUGGAGCCACGCGUGUUGUUCUCGAGCCAGGAACUGCCUGGACUCCGGCGCACCUUGCACACCUCUGCCGUCUGCGCCAAGAACCGGGCGGCCCGAGUGCGCGUGAGCAAAGGGGACAAGCCGGUGACCUACGAGGAGGCGCAUGCCCCUCACCACAUCGCCCACCGGAAGGGCUGGCUGUCGCUGCACACAGGUAACCUGGAUGGGGAGGACCAUGCUGCGGAGCGAACGGUGGAGGAUAUAUUCUUUCGGAAGUUCAUGAUGGGCACUUUCCCAGGCUGCCUGGCCGACCAGGUGGUUCUGAAGCGCCGGGCCAAUCAGGUGGACAUCUGUGCCUUGAUCCUGAGGCAGCUGCCUGCCCACAAGAUCUACUUCCUCGUGGGUUACAGUGAGACACUGCUGUCCCACUUUUACAAGUGUCCCGUGCGACUCCACCUCCAAACUGUGCCUUCAAAGGUUGUAUAUAAGUACAUCUAGGAUGGUAACCUAUUCUUCAUGAAGCUGUAACUGGUGGGACAGAAACAUGGGAAGGACUAAAGUAAAAGGGCUGCAUCGCCUCUCAGGAAGAGGAAUGGCCUCUGUGCUACUGUGGAACCUAGAUCUUCAUGCUGUCUGGGCCCUUUCUCUGUACUCUGUGGGGAAGAAACUACAGUUGGGUUUCUUGAGGUGCUUCAGGGGUCCCUGGGAGGCUGCUAGGUGUGUGCAGUGUAGCUACUGGCCUGUGGUCAGUGAGGACCUUCUCACCCAGGCACUUUACCUAGAGUUCCUUGUUUCUGUCAGAACAAGACGAUCCCAUUUGAAUGUAAUAAAAAUGAAAAGAGUCUGGACCUGGCCCAUUUGUGUU